AUGAGUACAGCAGAACCGACCUCACUGAACUCACUAAAAUAUUACAGGAUCAAGACAUGAGAGAUAAUGCUAAAUAACUUAGAAACCACCAAGAGGAUGAUUAACUCAAUAAUGAGAAAGAAGAAGCUGUAUGGCAUUCCUAGUUCAGUGACUAUGAAUUUCGAAAGUAGCCAGAACAAGACUUUUGACCAGCCCCUUCAUUUCAAACCGAAGAAAACUGUGAAGAAGAAAGGUAAGGAUUCCAAUUAAGAAGGGAAGGGAAGCAACCAAAUUCACUAAAAUAUAUCUUCAGGUCCCAAGAAAUUCUUACCAGUUUUUAGAGCUAAAAUAACAACAAAAAGCGAAGCAUGUUUACUAUAAAGGGUAAUUUCACACCUGCUGUGGGAAGAUACUCGCCUAAAUUCGACUCAGUCGAGAGACGAGCUCCAUGUUUCGUUGGAAAUUGGGGCAAACAAAUGGAGCGAAAAAGACAGAAAGAUGGCAAAUAACCGGACUCUGAAAGAAGAUGAAAAGAAGCUGGUCUAUAACGGGGUGCAUAUUUGUCGCAGAUUUCUCUCAAAAGAAAGGAAUAAAAUUCCUCGAAAAUUGAGAAUUAUUCGGUCAGAAAUACCUCAUGAUGUAAAAUAGCCCUGAGAAUGGAAAGGUACCUCAAAAGGCGCCUGAAAAAGAAAUUGUGCCAUUGGAGACUUUACAGAACCGUUUUACAGAGAAAUUGAAUAAUAAUUCUAAGUUUGCUAUCAAACAUAAGAUCAUUAAUAAGAAGUACAUUAUCGUUCCAGAGAAGAAGAAUUGAGUCAGAAUUCAUUCGAUCAAGCAAACUCCAUUCGAGACAUGUAUAAACCCUGUGCAGAGCAUCAGAAGGUUUAGCAAGCAGCUAGCUUCACAGAGAAAUAUUUUGACUCCUCAGCCAUCAUCUGCUCUCAGCAUUGGGCUUGGAAAUGUCGAGUCAAGCAGAAGGAUCUUGAAGAAGCAUGUCCCACAGGUGAUCUUCAAGAAUACCAAGUCAAGGGAUUCGAACAUAUUCGAUUUGACCAAAGUGAGGUCUAUAUAGUCAGCCUUGUUGAGAAAUUGCAUUUAUUCAAUUGAAACUG